AUGUCUGAUCGAGUCAUUCCCAACGGCUCUUCAGACAGCCAUCCCAUCUCCGGCCUCGAGGACUUCCAGACUCACCUCCAGCAUCUCGAAAACGAUCCCUCUCAGCCCUUCAACCUCAAGCUCCUCGACGACAUCGAGCUCCAGCUAACAGAAUCAAACAUCCCCCCCCUCCUCCCAACCGUCCUCCCCCCCCUCACCCAGAUCCUCAAAACCACAUCCCAGGACCCCUCCCCCCUCCUCUCCCUCACAAUCAAGCUCCUGUCCCCCCUGACAUUCACCCGCACCCUCACCAUCGCCGACCCCCCCUCCCUCCUCGCGGCCCUCGCCUCGCCCCUGCCCGGCGCCAACCUCCUCGCCCUCGCCAUCAUCCACAAGGCCGCCAAGACGCCCACCGAGGCCGCCCUCCUGAGCACCCUCCCCGACGUCGUCGACGCCCUCGUCACGCGCUGGCUCGACAGCCCAGACGUCGGCGUCGGCGAGCGCGCCGCCAAGGUCCUCGGCGACCUCUUGGAGACGGACUGCGAAAUCAUCCGCGAGCCGCCACCACCACCACCAACAACAGCAAGCAGCAACAACCACAAUGGCAACAACAACAGACGGCGCAGCAUCCCCGGCCACGGACGCCUCUGGCGCCUGAUCCUCCUCCAGCGGCCCAUGCUCGAACGCAUCAUCACACUAUGCUCCCCCGAAACAGCUCACCCGCCCACCAGACCGCGACACCAAACGUCCCUCUCCCAAGGCCGCCUCCUGCGCCUCCUCACACGCCUCGCAACGCUCAACAUCCGCGCCAUAAGCCAGACGUCCUUCCCGGAGCUGUUCCCCCCCUUGCCUUCAGACGUCGCCGCGCAGGCCCUGGGGGGCCCGGGACUCCUGCAGUGGGCCGCGCUGAGCAUGGUCUCCAAGACGGACGACGUCCUCAUGCACCUCAACCUGAUUGACUUCUUCGAGACGUUUGUCAGCCUCAUGCGCGUCGCUGCGCUCGAUGCCGAGGAGAAGAGCAUCGUCAGGACGCUGGUCAGGGUGGCCGCUGCCGAGGAUGGGCAGUUGACCGAGGCGCUGAGGGGGUUGCCGAAUAGGACGGUGGAGGACGAGGCUGAGCCUUUGCGCGCGUACAUUAGCGAGAUACUGGGCUGA